CCCGGCCCAGCGGCGCCGCCGGCGGGAGCGGCGGGAGCAUGGCCGAGCCCGGAGCGGCGGCGGGGGACGCGGCGGGGGCGCCGCCGCCGCGGGUGGGCGCGUGGGUGCCGGUGCUGGUGGAGCAGAUGGUGAACGACACGCUGGUGGUGACGCUGAGCUGCGGGGAGCGCCGCUUCACCGGCGUGCUGCUGGACUGCUCCAAGAGGUCCGGAUUGUUCUGCCUGCCGUCCUCCUUCCCCAAGCACGAGGAGCCCCGCUCCGGCGCCUGCGCUAACGGAGCUGCUGACGGCGAGGUGUGGGCGCAGGGCGAGCCGGAGCCGCGGCCCGCGGGCCACGCGCCCGCCAAGGGCAGCGCCGAGGAGCCGCUGCCGCCGCUGCUGCCGGCCCAGGGCGGCCUGCCGCCCUUCCCUCCCUACUUCGAGGGAGCCCCGUUCCCCCGGCCGCUGUGGCUGCGGCACACCUACCACCAGUGGGUCCCGCAGCCGCCGCCACGGACUAUAAAGAGGACGAGGAGGCGUUUGUCGCGCAACAGGGACCCGGGCAGGCUCAUCAUGAGCACCAUCAGGCUGCGGCCCAGGCAGGUGCUCUGCGAGAAGUGCAAGAACACGCUGAACCCCGAGGAUGCCGGCGCGCCGCGGCAGAACGCCAAGACCAGGAGGAAGCUGAGCAUUCAGGACAAGGAGCAGAAAAAGCACAGUGACUCUGACUACGUGGAGAAAAGGAACAAAAGAGAGAAGAGGGAGGAUGACAAGUUUUCUGGGGAGCUGGUGCAUCGAACUCCAGUUAUAAAAAUAUCCUACAGUACUCCACAAGGGAAAGGUGAAGUGGUAAAAAUCCCUUCCCGGGUUCAUGGCUCAGUCAAACCGUUCUGUCCGGAGCGAGUGCUGCAGAACGGAGCCGGGGACCAAGAGGAGAGCGGGGACUCUGAACGGUGUCGAGAAACCAAAUGUUUAAUGGACAAGUCAGCAGGCAGCCAGCUUGCUUCCAUUCCAAAACUGAAGCUCACGCGGCCAGUGCAUUCCAGUGUGGAUGUCCCACCCCCAAAGAUACGGCUGAAGCCCCAUCGCAUCAACGAUGGUCAGAGUGUUUCAAUUUAUAAGGCAGAACUGAUUGACGAAAUCAAUGUCCUCCAGAACAGCGGGGAGUCCAAUCCCAGCGUGUUUUACAAUGAUGAGUCCGCUGACAGAAGCUUGGCUGAGAUAUCUUCAGGCAGUUCAGGUGAAGAUGAUGACUUCAAAAGAUUUCCCCAGGGUAAAGAUGGACAUGAUAACUUGGCUUUCCUCAUGAAUUACCGUAAAAGAAAAGCAGAUUCUUCUAGUUUAUCGGUGUGUAGCAAUGACAGUCUAGAUGAAUCCAAGUCUUCUAGUUCAGAAGUGACAUCACCAGAACUGUGUGACUUUUUGCCUGGUGAUGAUGCCUCCGUCUCUUCAUCUUCAAAAGAUGAGCGUAAAAUUGUGCCACCACUGACAGUCAGACUGCACACCCAGAGUGUGUCUAAAUGUGUUACAGAAGAUGGAAGGACUGUUUCAGUGGGGGACAUUGUCUGGGGUAAAAUUCACGGGUUUCCGUGGUGGCCAGCACGUGUUCUUGACAUAAACCUCAGCCAGAAGGAAAACGGGGAACCUUCGUGGCGAGAAGCUAAAGUGUCAUGGUUUGGUUCUCCGACGACCUCGUUCUUGUCGGUUUCAAAACUCUCUCCUUUCUCGGAAUUUUUCAAACUGAGGUUUAAUCGCAAGAAGAAGGGCAUGUACCGGAAAGCAAUCACGGAAGCUGCGAAGGCAGUCAAGCACCUGACUCCAGAAAUACGAGAUCUCUUAACACAGUUUGAGACAUAACUUUGCCUCCAGUAUCAGUCUGCCUGAGAUGAAAAUUUGGUACCUAAAAAUACAGGAUGUGGCAUGACUGGGAAUACAAGUUCCUGGGAAAAUCCAGUGACUUGGAUGAAACCUGGAAUCAUUUCACAACCUUUCAGUCAUCGCUGUCCAGACAAGGGCUCAGCUGUGAUGGUAUUAGACAAGCAGGGGAUUUAAGUUUUUGUUGAAAACCAGGGGUGUCACUGGGAAGAGCCUUGUGUCAAAGACCAUGCUUUGUGUAGUGUGGUUUGUUACGUUGUCCCCUGAAUGCUCUGCUCUGUUUCAUGCUUGAAGGACUCUGUGUGAGCAAGCCAGCGCUGCUCCUCUGGGCUCUCUUCAUUAUCUGAACUGUCAUAAUGCAGUGCGACUGGGAUGGUCAGUGCUCAUGUAAUCCUGAUGGGAAAAUUGGACUUUUUUCACACCCUCUGUCAUGGGACUUCACCCCUUGCUGGAGUGUGAUGAAGGACCUGCUUUGCCUGGGUUAUGGCUCCAUCUCAGCAAGCCUGGCUGGAGUAAAUAACCAGAGCAUGGCAUACUCAUGCUGUGUACUCAGGGUGUCUGGACAACUGCAGCAGCAACACUUCAGCUUCCUUCUUGAUCUUGCCCAUAGAGCUGCUGCUUAACUCUGGCUAAGGACUUUAUUAUAUCAAGAGUGUUUGGAUUGGACCCAAAUUCCUAUUAGCUAGAUCAGGAGUAUAAAUAAACCUGCUGCCCAGAAUGUACUGUCCUUGCCAGUGGAAGAGUCCUGGCCAAUCCAUGGCUCCUGUCUGGACAGUGCUCUGGUUAAAGGAGCAGCAAACUUCAUCCUCUGAGCUGUCUUCGCUGUGUGAGCGAGCAGUUAUGGACUAAGGUGAUGAGUGUCACCAUCACUCCUGCCAUCUGUCCCUGCCCUUGUGGCUCCGGGGCGGCUGGCACAGCCCAGCUGCAGGAGAGGGGACAGCUCGAGGGAGCACCUGGUGCUCAGAUCAAACAUUGACUGUGCCUGUCAGCCCACGGGGAGUGGGAGAGCUGUGGCCAAGCGGAGUCCUGGGCCCAGAGCAGAACCCAGAACAGGGGGAUGCUUGCUCCCUGCACGCCGGCCCGCAGAGAACGCUGGCUGCUGGCCCCAGCAGGGCUGGCCAGGAUGGGGGCACGGGCUGCAGGGCAGGGCCUCCAGGAGGAGAGGAGCCCUUGCUCCAGAGACACAGUGGGGUCUGAGCUACAGGUACAGGUCUGUAAAUGGGGGAACGAAGAACAUCUGGAGCACAUGUAGGUAAGCAAAUGAUGGAUGUGAUGGGAUGGCCUGGAUUAGACCAAAACUUUCCUUCCCUCUGUGCUCUUCAGCCAAACCUCUGCAUGUGUAUAUGGGUAUAUACGUUUAGCAGAUAUUUUUUUGUUUUGUUGGCCUCCUUCAGCUGCCUUUCCACAGGGGAUUUCCUGCUUUACAUGUCUGAGCUGAGCUGCCAGCGCAGUCUGCCAGGCUGAAGACAGCAUGACUGUUGGAUAAAGAACUGCAAAACUAGAAAAGCAGAACUACACAACUGCCUGUGUUCCUUAUCACAUUUACCUAGUUUCCCAACUAGAUCAGCAUGUCUGGAGUUUUGGUACAUCACUUAAAAAACUGCUCAUUAUUUCAGAGAAUUGUCUGUACCUAAUUCUCUCCUUGCAGGAGCAUUGAAUUUUGUUGCUUUCCUUGAUUUCCCACAAGGUAGAACUGAAACAUUUCCUUCAGUGCUCAUUCACUGUCCUUUCCCGAAGGAUAGCGUGAAAGGGUUUGGGCAGGAAGGGACCCUGAAGUCCAUCCCGUUCCAUCCCCUGCCAUGGGCAGGGACACCUUCCACUAUCCCAGGUGGCUCCAAGCCCCAUCCAGCCUGGCCUUGGCACUGCCAGGGAUCCAGGGGCAGCCACAGCUGCCCUGGGUAACCUGGUAAUAUUUCAUGGAGCACUGUAAAAUCCAUCAUGCGGGGCUUCUCCAGCAGUGGCACAAAGGUUUUUGUCAUCAGGAGUCCAUGAAGUGGCUUCAGCACUGACACCACUCAUGCUAAUCCUGGCCACAGCAGAAGUUUCUCACUGGUGACCCUUUUUAUUGUAAAGAUUUCUGUCUUCUGGCAUGUGAUGUGUUCUGCAGAGGGCAGUUACUGGAAAAAUGUACAAACACUGCAGGUCAUUUGUGGAUGCAGAAAACUGGAAAAAUUGGAUUUUUUUUUUUUCUUUUAACUUGGUUUGAGUUGGAAAAGCUGGUAGGAUCACUUCUUUUGUUACUGCUUUGUCCUUAGGGUUUCUUUGCAAGGAAAGUACUAGUCAGGUAAUGACAGGGUUUUAAUUAAGUAAAACAAGUUUCUGGAAAAACAGCAGGCAGAAUAGCAGCCUGUAGAACUCAGACUUGUAAGACUUGGUUUAAAGAAGUGCCAGGAGAGACAUGUGCACUCAGCAUCUUCUGGGGCUGCUCUGUAGCUCCCCUGGCAUGUGGCACCAGGAGCCAGCUCAAGGCACAAGGAUAGCAGUUGCCCCUGGCUUGGAGUGACAGAUCUUUGUCUCUCCCGUAAGGAAAGCCCACCUGAGGCUGUGGAGGGGGAGCCGGGACCCCUGGGCUGGUGCCACACAGGAUUUAUUGGGAAUGAGCCAUGGCUGUGGCUGCUGCCUCAGCUGUGCCGUGGGCUGGGGCACAGGAGGGAGGGAGAGCUGUGCUUCCCAAGGCCUCCCUCCCUUCCCUGCUCCAGGAAUGCAUGCUGUGUGGGAUCAGGGCUUUGAGGAACAUGUGUUGCUCCAGCCCUGCUGUGUGGGGAGGCUGUCCCUGCAGGGGACAUGAUCAUCCUGAGCAGCUCCUCAAGGCAGAUGCCCUCUCCCUGCUCACAGACAUGCAGUAAACCUCUAGUAAAAACUGCUGGUAGGUUUUCAUCCACAUCUCUGCAUGAAACAAGUUUACAAGAUAUAUAUUCCUCUCCUUUUUCAGUCUGGAAAAUCCUUUAUUCUUCCUCUCUCUCCCCUGUCCCCAGGCUGUGACUGUGGAACCAUUAAACUUGCAGAUGCUGAAGGCUUUUAUUUUAAGUGCUGUGAGCUUAAUAGACCCUCAGUGUCAGUACAUCAAGCCAUCCAUCACACUGCUGCUGUGUGCAGCAAGCUCAGAGCUGGCUGCAUGCUCACCGUCUAUAGAAACCACUAAUAUAAAACCUGGAAUAUCACGUUGUGACUUCACCUUCAAAGGUCUUUGGGGCUCUGUGUGUCCAUCCAGCCAGUGCUGCUGCCAGCAGCUUGUGAAACAGCAUAAAUCACUCCUCUUUUCCUCUUACCUCUUCUCUUCUGCUCUACCAGGAGAGUAGAGCCUCCUCUCUUCUGCUUACCUUGCUAUAAAGUGAUGGGAAUGAUUGGUGUGAUAGCUGUAUUUUCUAACACUUCUGCCUGGUCACAUGGAAUAUUUCAGCACAGAAGACGAAUGCUGGAGAUUUUUCUUGGCCUGCUUUCUAGAUGCUCCAGUCCACUAAAACCAGGCAUCCAACUUAAUUACUGUUUCACAGCCUUCCUGCUUGGAAGUGAGCGUCUCUGCAUGCUAAUACCAGCUGGGAGCAGAAGUGCAGAACAGACUGCUGCAUUUUUGUGUGCCCAGCGCCAACGGCUGGAACUGCACGUGGGUGCCAGCCUGCUGAUCUGCAAGUGCCCGCUGUGCCCAGGGGCUGCCCUGGGAGACACCCAGCUCAGUGCUGCCCUGUCCUGCAGCCAUGGCCCCUCUCACCCGCUCUGCUCCCAGGGGUUUUCUUUGGAAAUGCCACCGGGCCGUACAUCGGGCUAUUUCUGACUGCACCUGCGCCCGUGCCCAGCAAGGCACUCGGGUUUCAGAGCUGGAACUCCAGCUGCUGGGGGAGACUGCAUCCCCCAAGGGCUCAGCACCUCCUGUGGCAGCACUGCGAGCUGCUCCUGGGCUCCCAAGGGCUCAGCACCUCCCUGGGCAGCACAGCGAGCUGCUCCCAAGGGCUCAGCACCUCCCUGGGGAGCACUGCAAGCUGCUCCCGGGCUCCCAAGGGCUCAGCACCUCCCUUGGCAGCACUGCGAGCUGCUCCUGGGCUCCCAAGGGCUCAGCACCUCCCUGGGCAGCACAGCGAGCUGCUCCCGGGCUCCCAAGGGCUCAGCACCUCCCUUGGGAGCAGGGUGGGAGCCAAGGGCCACCCAAGGGAGUUCUCUGGCGUCCCAGGCAGGGCUUGGAGUUCGUCCUGCCCCCGUGGUGGUUGAGCAGCAUUUGUACAGUAUUGAGCACCUGCAAGGUGCACUUACAGAAAGGCUACUUUCCAAAAAGGAAUAGGGGAUUUUGGGAAACUUGGUGUAGCUCUGUGUAGGGAAGGGUGGGUGUGCUCUGCAGGUGAGGAGCAAACAGCAUCUUUACACAGCAGCCAGGAUCUUCACACUGCAUGUGCCAUGCAGCUGCUUGACUCUGGGGCUGCUUGGCACAAUGGGUGACACAAAGUGUACAAUCACAGACGGGUUUGGGUUGGAAGAUACCUUAAAGAUCAUUUUGUUCCACCCUCUGCCAUGGCCAGGGACACCUUCCACUAUCCCAGGUUGCUGCAAGCCGCAUCCAGCCUGGUAUUGAACAAUUGACUACUUCUCAUUUUCAUGUUCAGGUGUGAAAGGUAGGACUUUGAUCCCAAACAUUGAUGUGAAGGCUCUUAAUGUUGAAAAACAUGCAAGCUGUCGUUUUUCAGCCUUUGUGUGUUCUGUUUGAUGCAUGAGUUGCCAUCAGUGGUGCUGGCAUCAAGGUGAGCAGGAGUGUGUGGGCUGAGACAAGCUCUGCUGCUCCUCUGUCAGACCAGAUGAGCACGAGCUGGGAUAUGCUGCUUUUGGCCAGGGUACAAUUAGCUUUCUCACAAUGACUGAUUUAGGGCUGCGUUUUGGAUUUGUGCUGAACACAGCGUUGAUAAAAUAGAGGUGUUUCUUUUAUUGCUGAACAGGACUUGCACAGACCCAUGCUUGGGAAGGAGCUGGGGGUGUGUGGGAGGUUGGGAGGGGACACAGCCAGGACAGGUGACCCCAACUGGCCCAAGGGCUAUUCCAGUCCAUAUGAUAUCAUAAUUAGUAUAUAAAGUGGGGGAAGAAGGAGGAAGGGGAGACAUUUGGAGUGAUGACAUUUGUUUUCCCCAGUCACAGUUAGAUAUGAUGAGGCCUUGUUCUGGAGGUGGCUGAAAGACCUGCCUGCCCAUGGAAGCAGGGAUUUAAUUUCUUAGGCAAAAGCUUUUGCCUUCCCUGUUAAGAUGUCUGUCUCAACUCGAGUUCUGCAGCUUUUGUGCUUCCAGUUCUCUCCCCAGUCCCGCUGGUGGGGGAGGGAACAAGCGCUGCGAGGUUCUUGGCUGCUGGAUGGGGUUAUCCCACCACAUGGGGCCUGGUUUAUUUUAUUAAAUGUGCUUGCUGCAGCUGUUCUGUGUGCUGUCUCUACCUGUACAGAGCACACGGGCUCUGCAUUAGCUAGAUAAUGAACUCUGCACAUCCUGAGAUUACGUGCAGCUGAAAUAGGCUUCUGCUGUCCGGCAGCAAGGGCACAGAUGGGGCUUAGUACCUGAGCUCCUGGAGGGCUCGUGCCCUUCACUCUGCAGCUCUUCUGUCAGCUGCGAGCGCUCUCCUGCUUCUCCAGGGGCUCUGUGGGGCAGAGCAGGGGCAGGAGCAGCGGGACCCUGCCACGUGCACAGUGACAGUGUCCCUCUGCUGUGUGAGGCUGUGCUGUGUCUCCUGCCCGCCCCAGGCUGCCCGUGGGCAGCAGCAGGGUUCCCCUCCCUGUGGAUGCCCGGGCAGUGAAGGUGACCUCGGCUGGGUGGCAGGUGCCAGGGAGGCUCCCUGGUGCCAGAGCUGUUCCACAUGAGCCUCUUGGUGUCCUCCUGGCCUGUCCCUGCCCGCUGGCCCUGGCAGGGAGCAGCUGGGCAGGUGGCAAGGAAGCUCUUCCCAUUACGCUGAUGAAUUUCUAAAGGAGCAAAUGCCUUCACUGACGUACCAGUUCCUGUUUCAGCUGCAACAGUCCGUGCUGUACGGGAUCAGCCAGCCUGAGUUUCUUUAUGAAGUGUAUUUCCUGUGUGCUCUCUGCAGCUAAAGAAAUGAAUUGUAGCAAAUUACUAGUUUGGCUUCCCUUGUGAGUGAUGGCUUGCUCUGUUUUGAUGCACGCCAAUAACCUGAGCCUUUUACUCAUGUGGAAAACAGUCCUUUCCAAAGGCAGAAACCCUCAGUGCAGGAUUUGUCAUAGGAAUGCUUGGAUGAGGGAGUUUGAGAGCUCCAGUGUUGGAGAACGUAGCUGCCAGCCUGCUCAAGUCAGCUGGAUUCUGGUGCCUUGAGAGCUGGAGACAGUUCCAAACCUCAUCCAGCGGGCCAGAGAUGGGGAUCCCAGCUGCCACCCUUUCCUUCCUCCUGCAAGAGGAAGGCAUGGGAAGGAAGGACUUCACCAGCUGGCUGCUAGCAGCAGCUUCUCUGCGUUUCCCCCAGGGAGGGAUGGCUGGAGAAACACUGAUUUAGUGAUGCUCAAUUACAGCCUGCUGUUAAUUGCUUUAUGAUUAGAAAACAAUCCUCAGAAUAAGCUGAGGAUUGAGCAUACUUGGGGUGCUGCAGCCUCCAAAGAUAAAAUUGUCUUCUGCACUCUGCUGCUGCUGCUCAGUCUGGAUUUAUGAAUGGCUUUAUUUGAUCCAAAACUUCAUUUUUUAAAUUAUGAGCAAGCACAUGGCUUCAGGGGAGGUGCCUUGGCUCUCCUUUGGACACCCAGUUUAGCACUCAGGCUGUCCUGAGUCAGCCCACGGGUUUUGUGUUAGUUACACAUGCUAGCUGCUCCGUGCUGAAGCGGGUUUUUAAAUGUAAAUUUCUGAA